AUGAGACGCUUGGACAGAGAUUGUGGAAGUUGCUUGCAAAAGCAGGGACUUCGCGCCUUCAAGAGAUCUUUGAAUCGAAAAGCGAGAGCAAAGAGACUCAGUCAGGCAGCGGAAAUCAGGAGAAGUGUAAUUGAAGCUGAAGAGCUCGCUCGGGAAGAAGAGAAGAGAAAGAGAAGGAACAGCACAGGUGGAAUUGAAAAAAGAGGGGAGAGUGGGAAGAUUGGAGGGGCGCGCGGGUGUGUGAUCAUGUGA